GCAGGUUGUACUGGCUCCCGCGGUCCCGCUCUCCCAUCCGAGGGCGGGGAAGCGCGCGCCCACCUUCGCCACAGAGAUUUCCGGGAUCCUGGAGGGGCCGGAAGUGGUCCCUAUUCUCUCUUCCGGCUCGGCCAUUGUUUUCGCUUCCGCGGGCUACGACUGUGUCCCGCACGCAGGGGUCGCCGCGACUGUACCCGGGUGAGCGGAGCAGGGGCGGGGAGGGAGGUGCUGUCCGGGCCGGGGUCGCUGGGUUGGAGCCGCGGCCGCCCGCAGCCCUGAUCGGCGACGCCGGCCCGGUACACGCUUUGCCUCCGCGGCCAUUGGCGCGGUCCCUGUGAACUCUGAAGCUGCCAGUUGUAGAGCCGCCUCUUUGUCCGGUACCCUUGACCAACUGUGCCUGGCCGAGAGCCCGGCACCUGCCGGUACAGCGGAGAAAAAGGCAGACAUGGGCAGAAAUUGAAGCCUAGAGAGAAGUAGCUUACCGAGGGUACUGAGAUGCAUGGUGACUAGCAUUGAUGCCCUAGUUACCACUAAGGUACUGAUUUUCAGAGUUUUACGGUAUAUAAACUGGAUAAAAGUGUCUUCCCCCACUUCAGUAUCAGGUGACACCCCCAUUGCCCUCUGUCCCCAACUCUGAAAACAGCUCCUGAGACCUGAAUUACAAAACAUCAUUUUAAUUGGACAAACUGCAGCUGAAACAAGCUUCUCUUGGAGGUCACAAUGGCCACCCAAGGCAGGGGAACUUUAGGUCUCCUCCCUAGGGGUGCCGUUCUCCAGAAACAGGAGGGGCGCCAGACCAUGAAGCAGGAGCCAGGGAGCCAGACUUGGGGUCAGGGCUGCAGUCUCCAAAAGAACCACCCUCCUGUCUGUGAAAUUUUCCGGCUGCACUUCAGGCAGUUAUGUUACCAUGAGAUGUCUGGGCCGCAGGAGGCACUGAGCCGGCUCCGGGAGCUCUGCCACUGGUGGCUGAUGCCAGAGGUACACACCAAGGAGCAGAUCCUGGAGCUGCUGGUGCUGGAGCAGUUCCUGAGCAUCCUGCCUGGGGAGUUACGGACCUGGGUGCAGCUGCAUCACCCUGAGAGUGGCGAGGAGGCUGUGGCCGUGGUGGAGGAUUUUCAGAGACACCUAAGAGAGGUUUCAGGUACUGUACAGGAACAGGAAAUGUGUUUGGAGGAGACGACAACCCUGGGUACAACAGAAGAAUCUCUUUCUACCUCACCCUUCAGUGAGGGUUCAGCCUCUGGAGGCCGCCUGGAGCCUCCUCAUGACCUCCUCCCCAGUGGGCACUCGGGUCAGUGUACUUCUCAGGUGCCUGCCCUUUCCCAAGCUGGGAAGUCAGGAGACCAGGCAGUGGCAACUGUGCUUCGGAUGGUCAGGCCCCAGGGAUCUGCAGCGUACCAGUUCCUGUCUGUGGACUAUACUGAGAGGAAGUGGAAAGGUCCGGCCCUCAGUCAGAGAGCCGUGUACCGGAGCAUCGUGCCGGAAAAUUAUUGCAGCAUGGCCUCAUUGGCAGGUGAGACUAGGAUGCGGCGUUCAGAGUUGCCUGCAAAGCAGGAAGUUUCUAAAGGAUCGGCGUCAUCUGAUGGGACAUCAGGAGGCCUCUGUGGAGUAGUUUCUGGGGAACCAGAGACAGGAGCUGCCUGUGAAGGUACUUUAGAGAAGCUGGAAGGGCAGUCCUCAGAUGAAGAAGGGAGUGGACUGGAAAGUGAUUUCUUCAAAAUAAUACACGAGGAUAAGGAUAAAUCCACAAAAGAUGGAUGUGAUGAAUAUAAUGAACUUAGGAAACAUCCAGAUCUGUCCUCUAGUGCUGCAGAACAUCAAGGAGUUCUGAAGGGACAGAAAUUUUAUCAAUGUGAUGAAUGUGGUAAAGCUUUCAAUCGGAGUUCACACCUCAUUGGGCAUCAGAGAAUCCACACUGGAGAGAAACCCUAUGAGUGUCAUGAAUGUGGUAAGACCUUCAGGCAGACCUCUCAGCUCAUAGUUCAUCUCAGAACCCACACAGGGGAAAAGCCCUAUGAGUGCAAUGAGUGUGGGAAGACUUACCGACACAGCUCCCAUCUUAUUCAACACCAGAGACUCCAUAAUGGUGAGAAACCCUAUAAAUGUAAUGAAUGUGCAAAAGCCUUCACUCAGAGUUCCCAACUGAUUGACCACCAGAGAACCCAUACUGGGGAGAAACCUUAUGAAUGCAAUGAGUGUGGUGAGGCCUUCAUUCGUAGUAAAAGUCUUGUCCGGCAUCAGGUGGUUCACACAGGUAAAAAACCUUACAAGUGUAGUGAGUGUGGGAAAGCUUUCUGUUCUAAUAGAAAUCUUAUUGACCAUCAGAGGAUCCAUACUGGGGAGAAGCCUUAUGAGUGUAACGAAUGUGGCAAGGCCUUCAGUCGGAGUAAAUGUCUUGUUCGACAUCAGAGCCUCCACACUGGGCAAAAACCAUACAAAUGUAGUGAAUGUGGGAAAGCUUUCCAUCAGAACUCUCAACUUGUUGACCAUGAGCGAAUUCAUACUGGAGAAAAACCUUUUGAAUGUAAUGAGUGUGGUAAGGCAUUCAGUCUGAGUAAAUGUCUUAUUCGACAUCAGAGACUUCACACAGGUGAAAAGCCCUAUAAAUGCAAUGAGUGUGGAAAAUCCUUCAACCAAAACUCACACCUUAUUAUUCACCAGAGAAUUCACACUGGUGAGAAGCCUUAUGAAUGUAAUGAGUGUGGGAAGGUCUUCAGUUAUAGCUCUAGUCUCAUGGUGCAUCAGAGAACCCAUACUGGGGAGAAACCCUAUAAAUGUAUUGAUUGUGGGAAGGCCUUUAGUGACAGCUCACAGCUCAUUGUGCACCAGAGAGUUCACACAGGAGAGAAACCCUAUGAAUGUAUUGAGUGCGGGAAAGCCUUCAGUCAGCGUUCCACUUUUAAUCAUCACCAGCGAACUCACACUGGAGAGAAGCACUCAGGUCUGGCUCGCUCAGUUUCUUAAGAUGUGAUUUCCCAAGGAACUUUGAAUUAAGCUUCUUUUUAUAAGAAGGAACUCUUAAAACUGCUCAUCAAAAUGUACCAAUCCCAUGCUUUCUGGUGAGUCAUGAAUGUGGGAGAGUGGGAGUCACAGUGUAAUCCUUUUCUGCUGUUAUGGAAGUAAGGACUACACAUUUCAUGUACUUUUAAGUUUGUUUAUUCUUUCAUUUAUUCUUUGUUUUAAAGUGUUGAAAAAUCUAACUCAUUUCUCAGUUCUGCAUCCCAUUAAUCAGACUGUGUACUUUUCAAGGACAGAGAUUAUGUGUUUCUUAUUCUACUCCACCUCUUUUACCAGUUACAUAAGUCAUAUUGCAAGAUGGAUUCAUUCUUUUCUUUGUCUUGGCUAAGGCUCUCCCUAUAUAGUUUUUAAACUUCCACUCUAAUUCAGGCCCUCAUCACUUGUGUUCCCUACCUGUAAAACCUUUCUUUUCCUGUUGGCUAAUGUAUGUCCCUUAGAUUCUUCCACAUCCCUCUCAUUUCUGAAAGACCCUGAAAUGCUUUUUCUUCCCUCUUAAACUUCUAUUCAUUUGACCUCAGUGCUUCCAAUUUAGUUGGUGCUACAGUGUGUAACUGUUACUAAACUACCUUGCCAGUCAUUCUGAACUUAAUGUGUAUGUGUAUACUUUCAUAUCAACUUAUUGUAGGCUCUUUAAGGCUAGGUAUGGUAUCUAUUCUUUUAGCAUAUAGAUAAUAAUUUUCAUAUAGUAGUUGUUUAAUAAAUAAAUUUUUUAAA